AUGAACGACGCAGCGAUCCGCGAUGCAACCCCGCUCGGCCAGAUCCAGAAAGGUUGUUCCCGAUUACCCUUGUUGCAACUAUCCGAAUGGGACGAGACGCUCACCUACGACGAACAGCCUCCGACCUGUGUGCACUACUUGAUCGAAUGGAAGUUGAAGCUGAACAGUAGGUGCAUUAGUAAAGACACCGAGCCCGACGUUGUCCUGGCGCCUGGCGCGUACUGGACUAAGCAUCUCUGGUCGAAGGUAGAUAAACUUGCAAAAAAGAAGUUGCCCUCAAACAGAACCUUCCACGUCGACGAUACAGACAUUGCAGUUUGUGUUAACUACAAAGGCGAAGCAGACCUGAACACGAGGUCGGAUGGUCUUGACAUUAAUUGGAAGAUGAUAGAGAGUAAGCUGCAAGCCUGGAGUCACUUUCUCCUCGAUGACAAGAGGCUCAAAAUCAGCCUUUCCUUUAACUCUAUCGAGACUAGCCAGUCGGGUAGUGUUGUCGCACGUGGCAGAGGUGGCAGGAGCGCCACUGCUUCCCAGCUUGCUGAGAGGGCGUUAGAUAUUGGCGAAGAGGAGACGGCAUCGACUGAGCCUGCAGUGUGGAGGAAAGUCUACGACUUCUUCCGGUGCACGGGGUCGCCUUGUGGGCUCGGGCCACAUUGUUGGGUCGACUCGGUCGGUAAGAAACAUUACAGGUUGAAGACUCACCACCUAAGAGCCCUUAUCGAGCAUGUGCGCUUGGGAAAUACAGUAGAGUCACACGAUGAUGUACCGCAUGACGUUCGCGAUCUACUAUAUGCUGAAGAAGAGCAAAGUAUCCAGCGUAAGAGGAAGCGGAGGUCAUCAUCCACUGAUGCUCGGCCUGUUACUAUGACCAAUGUCAUGCCUACUCGUGCUGGCCACUCAUCGGAUGACUAUGAUAUCAGAACACCGUCCGGAUCAGUCGAGAGGAGCCCAUAUGCCCUCAAAUAUCUCGGCAUACCAGGAAUGCGCGACGUGAAUGUGAACAAGUACUGCAUCUGGCACUGCUCUAAGAAUGCCAAUACCUUAUGGAAGAUGGAGUACAAGAAGGCGUGCGACUUGACCUUGGAUGAGGGACUAGACCUCGAGCAGAUUCGUCUUGAUCAGGAUACCCAGUUCUUCGUUGAUAAAGGAGUCAAGAAGGGCAUCGCUAAGCGCUGGGUGAGCGACGUUGAGGUCUGGUUCCGCGAGAUGGAGACAUUGGAAGACUCAGAGUAG